CGGCUGGACACGGGUCUACGGCUAAGUUGAAUCUGUUAUUUUUGUGCAAAAAACGAUCUGUCGGAGUGGAAAAAGUGUGAUUUGAGGUGCAGUGAUAAAAAAGUUUACAAGCGAGAAAAAAAUUGGGAGUGUUCUAUCUUCUGUUAAAUAAUUACAUGUGAAUUUCGAGUGGUGCAUAACGUGUUGAAUUCGGGAGUGCUCUGGCGGUUAAUCUGGCGGUUAAGUUAGUCUUCUUCACACCUUCUUCACACCUGAGGAGAACCGAUAAGAAUUCGGAGGAAGUGAAUCCUCACAGAUCGUCAUUCGGCAGCAGGAAAGAAGAAAGUAAAAGGAAAUCAUGAUUCUAGAAAAGGCCGGAAGUUCAGCCAAGACGAGCACUUCAAACGCUAUUAAGUCAAUGACGCAAGUUUCCAGAACAUCGGAAAACGACUCGAAAACGACUUCCGGUAUUCAGCAGCAUAGGGUUCAUCCGUUGCCUGUCGAAUGUGUAUACCGUGGCGAAGGAAACGCCAAUCUUGUUUUUGCAUUACCAUACGAACACAAAGUAAUUCGAUUUCGAAAAUCUGAUCCUGGCGAAUCUUCCCCUGAUGGAGGAUUUUCAAGAGUUAAGAGGGAAAGAGAUUUUAUAAAAGUCGUCCUUUCUUCUUUUCUUCGACCAUACCUUGAUGUACCUGAAAUUUUACGUUACGACCGAACUGAAUUAGCAAAAUUUUCUGAAACGAUACGUUCACUCCGACCAGAACAUCGUCGAUUUAAGGAAGUAGUUGAUGCAUUCGCCACAAAAUUUCCAGACUACGCUUUCCUUCCGGAAUUUUUAAAUUGCAAAGAAGAGGUUCCGGGGCGGAGUAAGUCAACCUUUUGCGUGGAAAUCAAACCGAAGCAGGGCUUUUUAUGCAAGGCGGAUCAAAAAUUUCGAAAAUGCUCCUACUGUUUGACACAAUAUUACAAAUUGCAGAAAGGAACAAUAUCAAGUCGAAGCAAUUAUUGUCCUUUGGACCUCUUCUCAGGAGAGUCCGAUCGGAUGCGUCGGGCCUUAAAAAGCCUCCUUGAGGAUCCUCAGAACAAUUUGAAAAUCUUCAAAGACGGAGUCGUCGUCUUCGAUCAAGAUUCCGAGACGAACGAUCUGAAGAGCGUUUUCAGGGAGUGGUUCCCAGGUGCUACCGAGACAGCUGGCAGCAACCUGGCUGACAAGCAUUUCGACCUCUUCUUUGCCCUGGUACGGGAAGCCCUUCUCCGAGAGUUCCCUAACGAGGGUCAGGACACGAGGGACUCGGGCCGGAGUCCGAUGUCGUUCGAGAUAAGUCCGGAUAUCGAAGUUCCCUCACGUCUUAGUCCGGAAAUCGUGGCCAAGACUAAGAAGCUUCUCUACUUCACGAAUGAGGAAUGCGAUUUGACAAGUACCGACUUGCCCCAGGGUUCAGUUCUUGAACGAAUUCUCGAAAUUCAGAGACUACACUGCCACGGAGCCGACGUCAUUUAUUGGAUCUUCUCCAAAUUCUCGCCGAUUCUCGACAACGAAAUCAUCUAUUCCAGUCUGAUUGAUAUUUACGAAUCUCGAGAAAAUAUACCACACUGGACACAUUUGGCCAAGAGCAUAAAAUCUCUCCUAAUCAGCGAUCAAUAUCAUUCCGUGAAAGAAGAUAUAAACGAGAAGGAGGUGGAAAUAUUUAUUGAUGAUCCAAUUGUAAUCCAGAAUCAUCGAAAUAGUAGCAAACAAAAAAUCCGAGAAAGCCUCACGGCUGAAGAUAAAAAUAUAAUAGGAAAUUUUCCAAUUGAGGAACAAUUAGCUGCUCUCGAAAAUUAUCUUCUUUUUCGUACAGCUAGGGAUUGCUCGAUACUUAUCGCUUUUCAAGAAAUUAAUCAAAAUGAAUCUGAGAGAGUUCCGGAGACGAGUUUGAUAGAAAUUUCGAAGAAUCUUAAAUUCGCCGUGAGUGUCCGGAUUUCGGAUUUGGAUCCAAAAAGCGUUCACUCAAUCGAAAAGCAUCGUCGUCGCGAUCUGGAAACUCUGAACGCCGUGAUUCACAUAAUUGAGGACGAAUUAAGUCACAGAAAUCAAAAUCGAGUUGAGAAUUCGUCAUUGUGAUAAAAAAAAACUGCUUCCUCAAUACGCUAUCCUGUCAUUUCAAAUAAAAAGCAUUAUUUUUAAUGAAGAAUGUU